UUCUCCUUCUUCGAUCCUAAUGAUGCAGCAUGUCAAGAAAUUCUUUUCAACCCUAAAACUUCAGUUUCUGAAUUGUUUGCCAUUUUACGACAGUGGGUUCCUCAAGUCCAGCAGAACAUUGAUAUCAUUGGAAAUGAGCUACAGACCAAUAUAACUAUGAUGCAGGCACCUUUCACAGUAGAGGCAGCAUUCAGCUAUCUUUCUGAAAGAGAGGAAGAUGAAUAGAUAACUAUCCAAGAAAAUUGUAAGAAGGCAGCAAGGGUGAGUUGAAGAAACAAAUGGAGAAGUUUACGGUAAUUUUAAAUUUCUGACAAAUUAAAUUAAAAUUGUCAGAAUUUAAUGGUGGGACUCGUGAAAACAUUUAAGACAUUUAGAAACUGAAGUAUUUUUCCUUAUUUGAUCAGGUCACAUAAGCAGGGCUUGACAAAUCAGUGAAUCUCGCCCGUGAUCAUUAAGAGAGGCUGCAGUGUGAAUGAUAGAGAUGGACUCACUGAUAUGACUCUCUUACAUUACACUUGCAAGUCAGGGGCUCAUGGUAUUGGUGAUGUUCAGACUGCUGCCAAAUUCGCCUCUCAUCUUAUUGAUCUGGGUGCAGAUAUCAGUUUGCGUAGUCGCUGGACAAAUAUGAAUGCUUUGCAUUAUGCUGCCUACUUUGAUGUUCCAGAACUUAUUAGAGUUAUUUUGAAAAAUGCAAAGCCAAAAGAUGUUGAUGCCACCUGCAGUGACUUUGAUUUUGGAACAGCUUUGCAUAUUGCUGCAUUUAACUUGUGUACUGCAGCUGUGAAGUGCUUACUGGAACAUGGAGCGAAUCCUGCUUUUAGGAAUGACAAAGGACAGAUUCCAGCAGAUGUGGUUCCUGACCCAGUAGAUAUGCCAUUGGAAAUGGCAGAUGCUGCAGCAAGUGCAAAAGAAAUCAAGCAGAUGCUGUUGGAUGCAGUGCCUCUGUCAUGUGACAUCUCAAAGGCAAUGCUUCCCAGCUAUGAUCACGUCACUGGCAAGGCCAUGCUUAUGUCUCUUGGCUUGAAAUUAGGAGAUCGUGUUGUUAUUGCAGGACAAAAAGUUGGUACAUUAAGAUUUUGUGGCACAACAGAAUUUGCCAGCGGGCAGUGGGCUGGUGUAGAGCUGGAUGAUCCAGAAGGAAAGAAUGACGGAAGUGUUGGAAAUGUCCAGUACUUCAAGUGUGCACCAAAAUGUGGUAUCUUUGCACCUCUUUCUAAAAUAAGUAAGGCUUCAGAUCACAAGAAGAAUUUUGUCAGAAGUCCUUCCACACGAUCUUCUACUUUGGUCAAGUCCAAGAAAAUUGACGUAACACACAUAACUUCAAAAGUGAAUACUGGCUUAGCUACAUUUAAAAAAGAUACCAGUUCCGAAUCCACCUUUUUGGCUACUGAAGAAGGAGUGAAAACUAUGCCUGGUAAAGAAGGACUGAACAAUGCUUCUCCAUCUACAAAAAGAAACCCUUUUGAUGAAGGAGAAAUUCAGCUUGGAGACAAAGUACUAGUAGUAGGGCAGAGAACUGGCACGGUUAGAUUCUAUGGGACAACAAAGUUUGCACCAGGCUUUUGGUGCGGCAUUGAACUGAACAAACCUCAUGGCAAGAAUGAUGGUUCGGUUGGAGGGGUCCAGUAUUUCAGUUGUCUCCCCAAAUAUGGCAUAUUUGCCCCACCAACCAGAGUGCAGAAGUUAACAGGUUCCUUGGAUUCCCUGACAGAAAUUUCAUCAGGUAAAAUGAAUCAAUCUUUCCCAGGUUUUAGACGAAGUUUAAGUACCACCUCUGCAUCUUCACAGAAGGAGAUAAGCAGGAGAAACUCCUUUGUCAAAUCUAAAAGCUCGGCACUGCGGCGUAGUUGGAGCAAUACCACUACGACUAACACAGAGGGACCUGUGAAACUACAUGAGGGUUCUCAGGUCCUGCUAACCAGCUCUAAUGAGAUGGGCACAAUUAGAUACAUUGGCCCUACUGACUUUGCACCAGGGAUAUGGCUUGGACUUGAACUCAGAAGUGCAAAGGGAAAGAAUGAUGGAUCUGUGGGUGACAAGCGCUACUUCACCUGUAAGACAAACCAUGGAGUCUUAGUUCGGCCUAGUAGAGUAACCUAUCGGGGGAUUAAUGGAGCAAAACUUGUGGAUGACAGUUGUUGAACCAAAAUGUUUACUUGCAACCUGUGCAUUAAGUACCAGUGCAGUGAUAAGCGUUAAACAAACAAUAACCCCAUCACCUGCAUGGAAUAUUGACUUUUUAAUCUAAGCUAUUUAAUCUGUUUUUUUUUCUUUGAUAAUACAACAUCUUUUCAGGCUCUAACCACCUCAGAGUCAUGUGAAGGAGUGGAAAUCUUAUAUACCCCUCUUCUGUUUUGACACAGUCCCGGCUUGGCAGUUUCUUGUAAAGCAUUCUGGUUUUGAGACUGUGUUAUUUGAAUAAUGUCCAACUCAGGGCAUGUGUGAGCACAUUCUUUUAAGUUGCUUUGUGAUUCAAAGUAUUUGGAAGGUUUUUUCCAUGUACUAAUGAACUGAUACAUCAUUCUUGUCUUUUCAUAACAGAGGAGAUUGUUAAAUGAGUCACAUUAGUCUAUGCAGUAUUGAUCCCAGGAUGAAUGGCAGGAUAUAUCAUUAAUUGGGCCAGCUUCUGUUGGUGACAGAAACAAGCUUUUGAAUAUGUAGAGCUCUUUUUAUCAUCUUUCCAGACCUAAAGAAGAGCUCUAUAUAGCUUGAGUCUCACCAACAGAAGUUGGUCCAGUGAAAGAUAAUCUCCCCUCCCCCUUCUUUCUCACAUUAGUCUGUUUACUAGAUACUUUGUCUGUUUCCCUGUGUGCAAAUAGUAAUUUCUCCAGCUUAUUACUGUUUUCAAAUCAGUUGUGAAACAAUUAAGUAUUUUAUCAUUCAGAAAGAUAGUCAUCCCAAAGAAACACAUGGGGCCAAUGGAAAAAGAUAAUUGGAAGAAUUUGCUGCUAAAGUCCUAUGCCAGUGACCAGCAUGAAUGAAACACAAAAAAGACUUAAAGCACAAAUAUGGUAUUUCUGGUUUGCACUUUUCUCUGUGGAAUUUGUAAAAAGACAGCAGCAUGCAAGAUGCACUUUUCAAAAUACAAUGCACUUUCAUGUCUCUGAGGAACUUUCCCUCACUGUUUGAAUAAGUUCUUUUGCUGCAGGGUACAAGCAUCAAUGCAUAUAGAACUAAGGUGGCACCCUACAUAGUACUUGCAUUACAAAUAUCUAAGUCCUUAUUAUGUAUUGUCUGCAGGAGGUACUGUGCAGUAUUUAUCUAAAGCAAAAUUUCAGGUUUUACUUUGACUAAAUAUAUACAAUGCAAACAUU